AUGUUGCAUCAUAGUGAUACAAGACACUUUUUCCGGAAUAUUGGCAGCAUUCUAACAUUUGCAUUUGUUGGUACCACCAUUUCGGCAAUUGUUAUUGGGUUGUCAAUGUAUUCGUUGUGCUGGUUAUUCUCAUCACCGUUCACAUUCAAGGAGCUCCUAUUUUUUGGCUCACUGAUGUCUGCCACCGAUCCUGGUUCGUUGAUAAUACAAAUUUUUCGUGGAAAAAUAAGUACUGAUAUCAAUUUUGUCAUUUUUUCUACUAGCUUCUUACUCACGAAAUAA